UAUGUUGUAUCAUGCUUAACCCUCGGUUUUAGCGGAUUCUUCUAAUGCAGCUUCGUUUCUUCAUUACGUAGCAUCGUUUUGGUAUCCAGUCGAUGCCGUGGCUGAUGCCGUGAGAGCACAGUCUCUCAAGAUGGCUGUCAAACGCAAUGUUCAUAUCGUAGAGAAUUAUAGUUUUUAAUAAUCAAAAAUGACUUCGGUGCGCGGGGUGGAAAUAACGGGUGCAUUUUGGUUCGAUGUUAUAAUACGAAUUAUUCUGGCCUUGUCAUUUUUGGAGCUGGAGAAAGCUGAACCAUUUGCAAGAAAGAUUCAUGUGGAAGAGUUAUGGCUCUACAAAAAUCCUAUCACCACCUCAUAUGUGCCCACCACCGUCUUAUGGCCAUUAGUAUUUCUUGUACCAACUUUUGUGAUCUGUAUUACAUUCAUAAUUACUAAAGAUAGAGUCGACUUUUGUCAGGCAUUGAUGGCUGUGACAUUAACGUUAGGACUGAAUGGUGUACUUACUGAUAUGAUCAAGAUAAUAGUGGGUAGACCAAGGCCAGAUUAUUUCUGGAGAUGUUUUCCCAAUGGUGAAAUGAAUUCUGAAUUAGAAUGCACUGGAGAUCCAAGUAAUAUAAAAGAAGGGAGAAAAUCAUUUCCAAGUGGACAUUCCUCUUUUGCAUUUGCAAGUCUUAGCUUUGUUUCUCUAUACUUGGCGGGAAAACUUCAUACAUUCGCGCUAUCGGGAAAAGGACAAGCAUGGAAAUUACUUAUUUUCUUAUUUCCACUAUGCAUUGCUAUUGCUAUAGCAUUAAGUCGAACUUGUGAUUACCAUCAUCAUUGGCAAGAUGUUACCAUUGGUUCUCUAAUUGGGCUUUGCUUAUCGUACUUAUGCUAUAGGCAUUAUUAUCCUUCGUUAGAUUCUCAUGUUUGCCACAAGCCAUACAUAAAUCUUACUGCUCAAGUUCAACUUGAAUAUGUUAAAGCUAGUAAAGAGGAACAAAUCAAGUGGAUUUAGUAUGAAUAAUAUAAAAUUAUGGCUAUGAUGUAUUCACUUAUAUUUUAUAAUUCAGUAUUCUUAUAUGUAUUGAUUUAUCACUUUGUAAUUCAUUCCAUUUUAUAUAUUUAUUGUAUAUCAUUUGGUAUAAAUCCGAAGUAUUUUCUAUGUGUGAAUAAGUAUCCAUGCUUAAAGGCCACUUGAAAUAAACGAUGUAAUAUAAAUAAAAGAAACAUUUUUGAAA